AUGAACCUUGUGGUCGAGACCGACAAGGGACGUGGUGUUGAUGUAGAUGACAGUGUAGGAGAAGCCCUUGACUUGAGAAUAGUGCUAGAGAAGCUGGCUGCUGACCGCCCAGAUGAGUCUGACAAAUGCUGCGAGAAGAUAAGAACUGCCACAAAUGUAGGUAGUAACACAGAAGAAGGAAGUAAUGUGGGUCCUCUAGAUCUGAGAGUGAUAAAGGAAGAUAAGGGGAAAAGGGUGGUUAAGUUGGAUGAAUAUAAGAAGAGAUUUGAAGUAGUAACGGUUCAGACGUCACCAUUAGAUUUCAGUAUAAGAAAGAGCAAGGAGGCCGAACAGUUGAAGAAGAUAGAGACUGAUGAAGGUAAGGGAGCGGUAGGACAGGCUAUCCAGCGGAAUGUUAUGAUAACUGGAGAAAGAGCAAGUUGUAAUAGUAAGCCAAGUGAACUCGCAGCAGGAAAGAAUGAGACAGGUAAAGAUUUAGAAGUGAACGGAUUACAGAAAAGGAAAGUGCAGCAGAGAGAAGUUUUGGAUGAAACGGCUGAAGCAGCUAGGAUGAUAGUUGAGGAAAUGGAGGGAGAAGAAAGGAUUACUGAUCAUAUGAACAUUCAAGAAGAUAGUGAAGAAAUCGAAGGGAUGAUAGAUGGUGAAACUGACACUAGAAGUAUUGAAACAGGGUUGGAUCAGGGUAUAUUGAAGGAAAAGGAGACAGGAUGUACUAACGGAGGAAAGGAAGGUGAUAAGGGACACCGGGAAACAGAUAAGAUAGGAAAAAAGGUAAGUGAUGAAUGUAUGGAAGAAGAAGACAGACAGAAGCGAAAGAUAAAGGAAAGUGAAUCAAGGUCAAGGAAAAGAGUAAGGCCGAGUUUUAAGAAGUAUAGAGAUUUGUCAGCUUCAAGUAGAGAAUCGUCUAUUUCUAGUAGUAGUAGUUCAUCUAGCGAUAGCGAUGAUACAGAACCACUAGACAGAAAAAGUUUACAAGUUAUCUGGGAGAGAAAGCAGAUAAAGGGGAAAAAUCACGGCGACGAGCGUGAUAGACAGAACAAGAAGAAGGGACCUGAGCCAAAUAUCAACGAAAAGAGUAAACUGAAGAAAGCAAAAGUUAGUCACGACAAGGAGGCGAGCAGUGCGGGCAGAGAGGACAAGAAGGAGAGAUCAAAUACAAUAACAAAAGAAACUCAGAGUAAACACGACAAGGAGGCGUAUACAGAGAGUAGAAAAGAGCGAUCAAGGUCAUCCACUGAACAGAGUAAAUAUAAAGAUGAUAAGAGAAGAGCAACGUUUAGUUCGUACAGAGGAAGAAAUACAUACAGGGGGAGGGGAAGAGACUUUGUCAGAUGGCUCGGUAGCUCUGUUGACAAAGCUUGCAUCAACGAACUCGUGCCCGAUGGUUACAAAAUAAAACAUGUCCCUCGUAAUGUAUUCAAAAGUAUCUUAGAAUAUCAUGUCGGCUGCCUCAAAACAGGGAAAAUCCCGAAUAUAGAAGAUGCAUUCUUCACUGCGGCAAAGGUGGAAAAUGAAAAACAUAUGGAACAAGCCGAAAAAGUAUUCAGGGAAAAGAUGAGCAAAAUACCCUUACCGGUGAAAUCGCUCGAAGAUUUUAAUGAGCAAUAUGCUACGUCUGUAAUAGAAUGCUUACAUAUGUUUCGGAAGCGUGUGAAAAUGGAUAAAGACAAUCAACAAGAAAAAGAGUUGGAGAUUCAACUAGCUGUUAUCUGGGAGGAAAUGAAAACAGAAAACUCACAGCUUCUUCUAGCAAAAUACAUUCAGGAGUUAGAAAAGCGUUACAAUGAUGAAUUUAAAGAGACUAAGUCAAAAUAUAACACCGAAGGUGGAUACGGCGCCUUCAAGACACACUUGGAAAAAAUGAAAAUGGAUUUUGAUGAAGAAUUUGGCCAAACACAGGAGAGGGAGGCAUAUAAGGUAAUCAACUUACAGGUUUUGGUCUGGAAGAGUACACAUGUGGGCUCAUGUCUCACUGGUUGUUUUCAUUUAAACGUGAAUAAAUAUGGGAAAUCUCAUUAG